CGAGCGGCUGAACCUGGACUGCUCGCGCGUGAGCAACGGCAAGUCGGUGCGCGAGAUGAUCCGCCAGCGCUUCCCGGAGCUGGUGCGCUUCCUGCCGCCGCGGCGCCUCGAGAGCCUGGCGUCGCCCGACCCGCACGUGCAGCUGCUGGCGGCGCUGCAGCACCGCGACCUGCCCGUCUUCCGCGCGCUGCUGCACCACGACGCCGUCGACCCCAACAACUGGUACGACGACCCGUACUACUGCACGUGUCUGGAGCUGGCGUGCAGGCAGCACCGCUCCGAGAACUUCGUGGCGGCGCUGGUCGAGGCCGGCGCCGACCCCAACACCAGCAACCGCAUCUACGGCAUCCCCGUGGUGCACCAGGCGACGGAGAACGCCAACCACCAGGCCUUGGCCGUGCUCAUCCGCCAGGGCCGCGCGCGCCUCGACGUCACGGACCGCUCCAAGCACACGGCGCUGCACGAGGAGCUGGAGAACAUUGAGCGCUGCAUCUCGCUGCUGCUGGAGCACGAGGAGGCGGCGGCGGAGACGCUGCCGCGCGCCAACUGGUACGACGCCGUGGACGCGACGCUGCGGCCGCGCAUCGACAUCGACGCGCAGGACGAGUUCGGCGACACGGCGCUGCACGACGCCGCGCACUACGGCAACCAGCAGGUGGUGCUGGCGCUGCUGCGCAGGGGCGCCAACAUCAUGAAGAAGAACCAGGACGGCGACCCGCCGCUCGCCUUCAUCGACGCCAAGACGAUCGACCAGUUCCUCGACGAGCAGAUCAAGAGCAACGGCCUGUCCCCGCUCAGCCAGGACUACCAGGUUAUCAUUCGUUACACUUUCCUGGAACCUUCUACAGAGAAAGCAACUGGUCGCUCCGAAAUGGAUGCCUUGCACUACAUCAGCCGUUCUAGAGACCUUCGGCCGUUGCUUCGUCAUCCUGUCAUCAACAGCUUCCUCAAUCUUAAGUGGUAUAUGGUGCGGUGGUUCUUUUAUAUUAAUCUCAUCGUAUACACACUAUUUGUAACGCUAAUUACAGCUUACAUUCUCCUCAUAAAUGUUGAUGAUGAAGACAUUACAAAUUGCACAAUGAUUAAUAUCGCCAGAAAAGAGUCAAGUGCCAAGAUAAUGGACGUAGUUGAUCCAGAAAAGAGUUCUUUGGUAUUAAAUUUAGAAUGUAAAGAAUUUGAUGAAAACUGCACACAGAAUCAUGUGCGACAACUUAGCCUCUCCGACGUCGAUAAAUUACAGGUUGCUUCUCUUGUCAAAGCCGUUUUUGGAAAUAAGAAAAGGUGUGUGCAUCAACAUGAUGAUCCAAAGCACUUGAGCGCGGAAGAAUUUGCCGCUCAUUGCCUGCGUAUUCCGUGCAUAUACCUUCUCAUUGGUUUAGUCCUUCGGGAAAUAGUGCAGUGCGCGACUGGUUGGAAACGAUAUGCCAAAGACUGGGAGAACGUAAUUGAAUUCUUAAUGAUAAUAGUUUGCGCUAUUGCGUUGAGCAGCGAUUGGGAUGCCAGCAAUUUCAAACAACAUAUUUCUGCCAUGGCCAUUUUACUGACAUGGACGGAACUAGUAUUUAUGACGGGACGUUUGCCGUAUCUGUCAGUUCAACUAGAGAUGCUGAAAAAGGUGUCGUUUACUUUCUUGCGUUUUAUGGCUUGGUACUCCUUGCUAGUAGUUGCCUUUGCAUUAAGUUUUUACACGUUAUUUCGUCGUAGUAAGGAGUACGAUCCUGAAAGUAAAGAAGCUUUUUUCCUAGACCCCGGAUUAUCAGUGAUAAAAACUAUUAUUAUGAUGGUUGGAGAAUUUGAAGCUUCUGAGCUAGUUUUUGAUUCAGUUCCAGGUACAAGCCAUGUCGUUUUUAUAAUAUUUGUAUUUCUAAUCGCCAUAAUUCUAUUAAAUCUUCUCAACGGUCUUGCAGUAUAUGACACGCAAGCCAUUAAAGAAGAUGCAGUUGUUCUGGGUUUGGUUUCAAUGGUGAAACUUGUAGCAUAUCUUGAAAUGAUGCUUAUUAAGAUAGCAGUAGCUACACAAUGUAUGUACAAGGGGUUGUAUAGGGAAGUACUCGAACCUCGGAUAAGACUUUUCAGAACAGAUUUAUCCAAGAAACAAAUACACGCAUUUCCUAACUCGGGGGAGAUAAAAUUUCUACUAGAUGCUGCUACUACAGCUCGAUUUAAAGGGUUUAGAAUGGAACGAGACAUCAUGGUGAAGGCAACGGAUAUUGUCACCGAAAAGAAGCAAGUGUCCGAUAUUGAACAAGUGAAACGUCGUCUCAACAAGUUUCAGAUAAAGUUUGAAGAAAUAGAAAGUAAGCAGUCUAAGACACAUGAACUGCUAAUUGAAGCUCUGGAAUCUCUCUCUAAAUUUCAGAAAACGGUUCGUGAAAGUACUAUUUGA